AUGUCUCGGCGAUAUGAUUCCCGGACCACCAUCUUCUCUCCGGAAGGUCGACUGUAUCAGGUCGAGUAUGCUCUCGAAGCUAUCUCGCACGCUGGUACAGCUCUAGGUAUCCUAGCCAAGGAUGGAAUUGUCCUUGCGGCUGAGCGAAAGGUUACUAGCAAGCUGCUGGAACAGGAUACUUCCGCUGAAAAGCUCUACACAAUCAACGAUAACAUGAUUUGCGCUGUGGCUGGUAUGAACGCCGAUGCUAACAUCCUGAUCAACUACGCCCGUCAAAACGCUCAACGCUAUCUCCUCACUUACAACGAAGACAUCCCUUGCGAGCAACUCGUGCGCCGACUGUGUGACUUGAAGCAAGGUUAUACCCAACACGGAGGUCUCCGUCCGUUUGGUGUGUCGUUCAUCUACGCCGGAUGGGAUCACCUCCGCCAGUUCCAACUGUACCAGAGUAACCCUAGUGGAAAUUACGGCGGCUGGAAAGCUACAAGUGUCGGUGCGAACAACGCGAGUGCACAGAGUCUGCUCAAGCAGGAUUACAAAGAAGAUUCGACUCUUCAGGAAGCCUGUGCCAUGGCUGUCAAGGUUCUGAGCAAGACGAUGGAUUCGUCAAAGCUUAGCAGCGAGAAAAUCGAGUUCGCAACGGUGGGCAAGACCAAGGAUGGCAAGAUCUACCACCACCUAUGGACCGCUGAUGAGAUCGACGCACUUCUCCAUGAGCAAGGGUUGGCCAAGGUUGACGAUGAGCCCGAGGCCGGUGACAUAAAAUAG